AUUUGUAAAAGUCAUAUUAUUUAGAUAAUAUCGACACGAAAACAGUCGAAAAAUGAAAGUAACAAAUAUUAAAAUAAUAUUUAUCGAAUAUCCUACCUAAGUCGAAUAAUGUAUACGUAAUGGAAUUAAAUAGACUCACAUAUAUGAUCUUUUUUUACUUGCAAGUAGCUCUGAAUAAACAUUGAAAUUUAUCGGUUUUUUCGCGGAACAUUCUAUAGUUUCAAAGUAAUUCUUAUUAAUCAUAGUGAGAUAAUUGUUGGCUUUAAUACACCUUUCAUCUGAAUUUUUGUCCAAAUGUGAUCAAUCAAAACUUUUUAUUCGGAAACAUUGCAUUAUAUCUGUUUAUUAAUCAGAAAUUAAUAACUUUAUUUAGAACUUAACAAAAAACAAUAAACUUUUUGCUCUAAUCUAAUGCAAAAUAAUGAAUUAAUUUUACUUUUUAUAUCUAUUUUUUUAUAAAAUUCUAUUUACACAAGGACUUUCAACUUAUGAUUAUAUAGAUAUCAACUAAAAAUGACGUAAUUUCGAUAAGAAAAGUGCUAGGCGGUUAAUAUUUAAAAAGAGAAUACAUAUUUGAUAAUUUCGCAAAUUAAAAAUUCUGCUUAAAAUAAAAAAAUAAAACUUAUUUGGCACGUUUUAAGUUACAGAAUUUUUAUGCUAUAUUAUUUAGAUAAAAUGUUCGAUUUGCUCUAUGCUAUUUAUUCCAUAUCUCUUGACAUUAGAUUAUACAGAUGACAUAUAAGAGAAUAAAGAAAAAGAAUAUUUUCUUUUAAUAAUCAAGUGUUUUUUUAUUGAUCUAAACAGUUUAAUUAUUUUAUGUAGUCGGUCAUAGAAUUAUUUGAAGUGGAUUUUGAAUGGAUUCAAUUCCUAUUGCUAAAAAACAGUGCGAAAUCAUGAUAAGCAAAAAAAGACGAGUUAUAACAUCGAUGAUAACAAUCGAUGAUAACAGAAAAAUCGAAAAUGAUUAUAUAAGAUAAUAUGAUAAUACUAUUAUAUGAGAUUAGUGAUAAGUGAUAAUGUUAUCGAACGGAAUUAUAAAAGAAGGCAUUUAUCCAUUACGUGGCUAGUUGUAUAAAUUGAAGCUAGUUAUAUAACAAUAAUGGAUGUACAAAUGUGUGAUAUGGACGUAAAUUAAAAAACAUAAUAUAUUUGUGUAUGUAUUUUAAUAUCAAAAUUCAAAACUCUUUACUGCGUAAAAUUGAAUCUUAAAGUUACGAUUUAAAACCAAGACGGAAAAUUUUCAACCUAAAACUAAAAUGUAAAAUUCCCAGUUGAAUUGUUCGAAGAAAAUGCUGUUGUGUUAUGGUGUAUAUGAGACAUAGCAGGAUUGCUUCAUAUAUAUAUUUAUACUAAAUUGAAAAAUAAGAUAAAUUACAUGACAACAUUGACGAGAAAGUGACGUUUUGAUUACUUAAAUAGCAGGGGGCUAGAAAACAUUAAACGAAAAUAAUGGAGGACUUGAACAACUUGAACAACUAUACUAUAUCAGCAUUGAGAGAAAAGCUGCGAUCUAGAGGAUUACUUACAGAAGGCAAUAAAGCGACUCUCAUAUCGAGAUUACAAAAUAUGUUAGGGUAUCAGCUAAUGAAUCAGCCGAACCCUGCAGAAUUUCUUGCAAAUGUUGAAUUGUCAGUUGAAGCGGACAAUGCAAAUGAAGGAAAUGCCAAUUUAGCAGAAAGAGGAGGAGAACAACCAACGGAAAAGUUGAUACAAGAGCUGAUAGAAGAGAUCGAGUCCGUGAAACGAGAACUCGAUUCUACGAGACGUGAAAAAGAAUCGCUGCAACGGAACUUCGAUUUUCAAAAACGUAAAAAUGAGUUAAUGCAACGUGAACUGGACCAAAUUAGGCAGAAUAAUAUGUCUUUGUCUUGUGAGGUUCGGCCAUCAAUAUCGAGCGUUACUUCGACAAGUUCAAGAAAUACGCGUCCUGAAUUUAACAGAAAAAAUAUUUGUCCGAGACCUGAAAGAUCAAGACAUCAUCAGGUAUCUCGCGAGAUGACAUACCGUCAGCUGGAAUACAAUGAGGAAGGCAACAUGCCGAAGCGACAAAGGCCAUCGUAUAUAUUGAACGACAUAUAAUACAAGAAGAAUAAUAUUCAUCGUAUAUAUUUCAAGAAAAAAAUAAGAAAUCUCGUCUACUAUAUUUAAAUCGAAACAUAUAUAAAUAUAAAAUAUAAGAUUUCUCCCGCUGAUUUCCUUGAAACACAUUUUAUCUAUAUUUUGAAUUGUAUAAAAUAAAUGUAUGAAAAUUUAUUUAAAAAAAUAUUCUUGUGUUUUUUUCUUUUGUCAAGUUCAAGAAUCUUAAUUCACAUGUAUAUGUACGAGUUUAUACAUAUAAAUAUGCAAUUUAAAAAAUGAAAUUGGUAGGAAUAAUAUUAUAUAGUUACAGCGAAUUUCAAUAUAAAGUCUAAAUACAUGUGUUGUAAUCCACAUGAAAGAAAAGGACUUUUUCUAAAAAUUAUGUCAAAUCUGUUUGAAAUAUCAAUUUGAAUAUAUCCUAAAAUAAUCUUCCACAAAUUACUGCGUUCUACAAUUUAUAGUUUUCAUAAAAAAUAAUCGCAUUUUCAAGAGAGAGUUUGCCAGACUGUUCGUUCAUCAUUGUAAUUAGAAAGUCUGUU